AUGGUUCUAUCAGGUUUCAGGGUAUUCAAAAAAGCAAGUCCCAAUGGAAAGCUCACAGUGUACCUGGGGAAGAGGGACUUUGUGGACCACGUUGACCUGGUGGAACCCGUAGACGGCGUGGUGUUGAUAGAUCCGGAGUACCUGAAAGAGAGAAAAGUGUUUGUGACGUUGACUUGCGCCUUCCGUUAUGGACGUGAGGACUUGGAUGUUCUGGGCUUGACGUUUCGAAAGGACCUCUUCGUGGCCAACAUCCAGGCCUUCCCUCCAGUGCCCGAAGACAAAAAGAGGUUAACUCGCCUUCAAGAACGCCUGAUCAAAAAGCUUGGGGAACAUGCUCACCCUUUCACCUUCGAGAUUCCACUGAAUUUACCGUGCUCAGUCACCCUGCAGCCUGGACCGGAGGACACGGGGAAGGCCUGCGGGGUUGACUUUGAAGUCAAAGCUUUCUGCUCAGAGAACGUCCAAGACAAAAUACAUAAAAGGAACUCAGUGCGCCUGGUGAUCCGUAAGGUCCAGUACGCCCCAGAGAAGCCCGGCCCCCAGCCCAUGGCUGAGACCACCAGACAGUUCCUGAUGUCUGACAAGCCACUGCACCUUGAGGCCUCACUGGAUAAAGAGAUCUACUACCACGGGGAGCCAAUCAGUGUCAACGUUCACGUCACAAACAACACCAACAAGACAGUGAAGAAAAUGAAGAUUUCAGUGCGUCAGUAUGCAGACAUCUGCCUAUUCAACACGGCACAAUACAGAUGCCCGGUCGCAACAGAGGAGACAGAUGACGUGGUGGCUCCAAGUUCAACGUUUUGUAAAGUUUACACCCUCACCCCCUUCCUCAACAACAACCGAGAGAAACGUGGUCUGGCAUUGGACGGGAAACUGAAACACGAGGACACAAACCUGGCUUCUAGUACAUUGUUAAGAGAGGGAGCCAACAAGGAGAUCCUGGGUAUCAUCGUAUCCUACAAAGUCAAAGUGAAGCUUGUUGUGUCUCGAGGAGGAAUCUUAGGAGAUCUUGCAACAAGUGAUGUCCAUGUUGAGCUCCCCUUUACGUUAAUGCAUCCCAAACCGAUCGAAGAUGCAAUCUACAGAGAUGCUGCAGACGAGGCGCCAAUAGACACAAACUUGAUAGAAUUUGACACAAACGACGAUGACAUCAUCUUUGAGGAUUUUGCGCGGCAGCGGCUGAUCGGAGCGAAAGACGAUGAGGAUGAGGAGGGUACAGACUCUCCCAAGCUGAACCACAGAUAG